AUGCCGCCGCCUUCGUUCACGGAUGAUGGCCGAUGUGAAGAAAUAUUUGAAGCGGAACACAAGCGAUUGCCGUCUGGACGAUUCGCCGUGCCAUUACCGACACGCACAGCCUUGUCUUCGCGAAGUUUUCCAGGUUCUCGUGAACACGCGAUCAAACGCUUCGAAAAUCUCGAGAAACGACUGUCGAUGGACACUAAAUUACGAGAGCUAUAUUCCAAUUUCAUGUCCGAAUACUUGACAUUAGGUCAUAUAUCGGUGGCGAAAACACCUGGGACAUAUUUCAUACCGCACCACGCAGUAUAUCGACCUGCAGAUGGUGACAGCAAAAUUCGCGUCGUAUUUGACGCGUCUGCAAAGGGAUCUCAAGGAUUGUCAUUAAACGAAUGUCUACUGCAGGGCCCCAAAUUACAGCAAGACAUCGUCGAUGUAUUGACCCGUUUUCGUAUGCCAAAGCGAGUAUUCACGGCGGACAUAUGCAAAAUGUACCGCCAAAUAUUGGUCCUACCAGAGUACCGUACACUUCAGCACGUGUUUUGGCGGUCGUCUCCACUCGAAAAACUCAUCGAGUACGAGCUCGAUACAGUGACAUACGGAACAAACUGUGCCCCAUUUCUUGCACUUCGCGUCCUUAAGGCAAUCGCCUUCGACGAUUGCACUGAUUAUGACGACGUUCGUGACGCGCUAUUAAAUCAGACAUACGUCGAUGACGUGUGUGCUGGCGCCGAUUCCACUACCGACAUUCUAAAAUUCCAAUCCGAAUUAAUUUCAAUUCUAGGCCGUGCGGGGCUAGAAUUAAAAAAAAUGGUCCAGUAA